ACGAUCAGUUGUUUUUCAUAUUUUAAGCCAAGUGGUAACUUCUUUUUAUAUCGUUUGGUGAAAGAAUCAGUUAUAAAUAACAACAAUGUAAAAAAACAAACAAAAUUUACUCACACAAGAUACCAAACUGUGAUAAACAAUAUCACUAACAUUUGAUAACGAUAAACUGAUAACAGUCUUUACCUUCACGAAAUUAAAGUCUCUGUGUUAGUUGUGCUUCAGUUGAAAGUGAUUCGUCGAUAAUUGCAGUUGAAACUCUCCAAUUUUUUUUUGUUAUCAAAGCGGAAGUGAACAAAAAUUCGUUCUUGGAAAAACUUUACAACAUUGAAUUAAAUUGAAGACUCAUAUGAAACGUAAAAAGAAAAUACUUCGAAUAAUGCUGAUAAAUUGAAUUGAAAUUAUGACGACACUAAAGUUUGUUUUACUUUUAAUUGUGGUGUUAACUUUCGUAACUGUGAAAGCGUCGAAUUACGAUGAUGAGAUGACCUAUGAACCAUCUGAUGACAUUUGUAAUAAAUGCAAUUGCACAAAUGUAAAUGGUACAUUAGAAGAUGGCGAGAGUGGAACGCUUUUCACUCUCGAUUGUUCCAUGAAAGAUUACGAGAGAAUAUUUGCAAAAUGGCCUGAAGAAAUGGGCGAUAAUCACACAGGUAUAGAACUUAUCUACAUCUUGUCUUUAAGCAAGAUACAAUUUCUUCAGCAACUUCCACCAACCGAUGCAACACUUUUCUUCACAUGUCGACAUUGUAAUAUAAUUAAAAUUGCAUCUCAUGCUUUCAUCAAUACGCCUAAUAUAAAAUUACUUGAUCUUUCUUUCAAUAAUAUUGAGUCACUGGAACUCUUCCCUGAAAUAUUCAAAGGUCCUUACAGUGAUGAACAAUUAGCUCCGAUUCAACUUCAAACGAUGGAUUUGAGUCAUAAUAAAAUCAGCUAUCUAGAGAAGAUUCUCUUCGAGCAUAUGCCAUACUUGAAGUCAUUGGACUUAUCAUAUAAUCCAAUUGACAUAAUGAAUGAACAAAGUCAACAAGCCUUAGCUUCAUUGCUACACCUUGAGAUUUUAGAUUUAAGUCACACGGGAAUUAUGGAACUUCCUGGCGCCAUCCUUGAGAACAAAGAAAAGUUAACAGAAAUUUUCUUGAAUGGAAAUAAAUUCUUGGAAAUUCCUGAAAGUCUUUCAGCAGUUGGUGAAUCUUUGGAGUACCUUCACCUAAGUGAUAAUCCUAUUGAAGAAAUCGAAGAAACAAGUUUAAUUGGUUUGUCGGAGCUUAAACAACUUAACAUUAGUGGACUUCUUCAGCUGACAGAAAUCAAAAAGAAUUCAUUGAAAUAUUUGACUUCACUUGAAGUUUUUCAUUGCUUUGGAAAUGUGAAAUUAACGAACUUUGACAUGGAAGACUUACGUGAAUUAAAGCAUUUGAAAGAACUUGAUAUCUCUAACAAUGCUUUGACAACUCUAAAUUUUGGUGUGAUCCUAGAAAAUGAGGAUGCAGAAAACUUGAACGAAACAAUGCAAGACAUAAUGGGGAAAUACGAAGAUCAAUUCAAAAUGCUUCGAGUUUUAAAAUUAGCUGGGAAUCCUUGGACAUGUGAUUGUGAUAUGAUGAAGUCUUUGUCAUUGUUUAAUCACAAUGCAAGUUAUUUCACGAAGAGUGUUAAUAAUGAUGACGCUCGUUGCAAGACUCCCUAUGAUUUAUCCUCGAAAUUAUUGUACGAUCUCCCAAUGGAUUACGUUUGUAUCACAUAUGCAAGACAAAAGUCCCAAAAAAUUCCUAUUUAUGAUCCACCUCAAUUCUUAAGACCGAAAUCAAUUAUGUUAACAGUAUUUUCCGUUGUUGGCGUUGUGGUCCUAGGAAUUAUAAUCGGUUUCACUAUUGUCUGCAUUAAGCGACGACUCAAGAGUAAUAAUGACCUCAGUUACUCAUCUAGUCCAAUCAGAUACACAACAGUAAGAGAUUCAACCAUCUCAAAUAUUGCAAAUGCACCUUAUAAUCCAUCGUAAGUGAUAAUGUUGAAUGAUUUUUAUUAUGUUCAAUGUAAGUUUCAUCAGUGUCGUUAAUAAAUAUUUGAAAACAUUUUAAAUUUUAAAGAUGAUGAUACUUAAAAUAUUAUAAUGAUUGUGAAUCAUUUAAUAGUUUAAUUAUGGGCUAGUCUAUGAACUCUGUACAAUUGUGAAGAAAAGUCUUAAAAAUAAAUGUUUUUUGAGUGUUAAAUAACAUCGAUCACUCAAUCAGCAUGUCUAAAAC